GGGUUUGUGUGCUCCCAUGGGCGGGGAGCAUGGCGCUGGGUCUUGGUACCUCUGCUACUUCUUGCACAGGCUGCUCGACUACCGCAUUCCAGAGGUUGAGUCGCUAGCCAAGCUCUUUGGGUGCUCCGGGAAGCUGCAAUGGAGGCAAGCGCCGAACCAUCAUCCCGACUCGCCAUUCUACUUCGUGCGCCUCCCGUCGGAGGAUAUGGCGCGCAGCAUCGCCAAGCGAAGCGUGCUCGUGAAGGCCAUUUUCGAGAUUUGGGGCGAGGGGAGCACGUACGAGGAGCUCCGUGCGGCCGUGGAGGCGUUCCCCGAGGAGAAGAAGCGCCCCUACUUGGGAACCGAGGUGACUUUCAAGAUCAUUGUCGACACUUUCGGGAAGGUCAUCAGCUCCGAGGAACAGAUCAAGCUCAUCAACAGCUUCGAUUUCAUUCCUUUCCAGGGUCGCGUCCAGCUGAGAGAUCCUAAAGAGAAGUUCUGGUUCAUGGAAACGGAUGGCCGAGUUAUCAACAAUGGGAUGCCAGCGCCGCUGGAGCCAUCGGUGGAUGGCACAAGGCUCUUCUUUGGACGUGAGAUUGGGGGAGCUGACAGGAGCCUCGUUACCAAGUACGCAUUGAGCACUCGAAAGUAUCUUGGUCCUACAGCUAUGGAUGCUGAGAUUGCGUGUCUCAUGUCUAACCAGGCUCUAGUAGACACGGGCAAGUUUGUGUAUGAUCCCUUCGUCGGGACGGGCAGCAUCCUCGUCGCGGCUGCUCACUAUGGUGCCUUGACAAUGGUAAAAAAGCCUAUUUUUUCUCCUUCUCUUCUUCUUUUUCGCUUCUCAUACUUUGAUCUCUCGCAGGGUGCCGAUAUUGAUCUACGAGUUAUUCGCGAUGGUCGUGGCCCGGAUUGCAACGUUUGGAGUAACUUUAAACAGUAUGAUUUGCCUCCGCCAGUGGGCUUGGUUCGAGCAGACAACAACGCAAGGCCAUGGCGACCAAACUUGAGAGAGGUUUUCGACGCUAUCAUCUGCGACCCCCCGUAUGGAAUCCGAGCCGGGGGAAGAAAAUCCGGAGGGAGGAAGCUCCUCAAAGGCAUCAUAGAUCCAUACAUCAUCCCGGACGACAAGCGCAAGGAGCACAUCCCCUCCACCGCAGCCUACAUCUUGGAGGAGUGCGUCCACGACUUACUCGAUAUGGCGGCGCAGCUCCUCGUCACCGGCGGCCGCUUGGUCUUCUUCUAUCCCCUCUCGCGGGAGGAGGGCGCGGACAACAAGCUCCCGGAUCAUCCAUGCUUCCAGCUCCUUUCUUCCAGCGAGCAAAUCCUCAGCACGAAGUAUAGCCGCUGCCUUCUCACAAUGGAGAAGACGAGCGAGUACACGGACGAUCUGGCUGCCCGGGCGCAGGAAACACACCUCGAGUUCAAGAAGAACCACGCAAAGCUGCUCGACGCCAAAGACAAGCUUCGUUCUUUGGUAUUCACACCCAGCGGCGAAGUUUUGCAGAGAGUUAUUCCCAAAUACAGGGGAAAGUACGUAUGAUAGAAAGGUGGCAAGAGUUUAAUGUAUGAUAGGCAAUAGAAAGGUGAUAGCAGAGUAUAUGCAAGCGAAUCUACGCGGACGUUGUUUGCAUU